GUGCUUCAGUUCAAGAUGGCGAACGAUGCGAGCAAGCUACUUCUGUCUUCACAUCAAGAAAAAACCAGUCAUUACACCUACCUGAAGGAAUUCCGCGUGGAGCAAUGCCAGUCGUUCCUGCAACACAAAUGCAACCAGCAUCGCCCAUUCGUCUGCUUCAAUUGGCAUUUUCAAAACCAGCGUCGUCGACGUCCCGUUCGUAAACGCGAUGGCACCUUUAACUAUAGUGCUGAUAAUUAUUGCACCAAAUAUGAUGAAACAACUGGAAUCUGUCCCGAGGGCGAUGAAUGCCCAUUUCUACAUCGGACUGCCGGCGACACUGAGCGCCGUUAUCAUUUACGCUACUACAAGACAUGCAUGUGCGUGCACGACACAGAUAGCCGGGGCUAUUGUGUGAAGAAUGGUUUGCACUGCGCCUUUGCGCACGGCAUGCAGGAUCAGCGUCCGCCGGUGUACGAUAUCAAGGAGCUGGAAACGUUGCAGAAUUCGGAUAUUAGUUUGGAUGGCAGCAAUGCACAGAAUGCCCUGGAUAAGGAGCGCAAUCUGAUGAACGAGGAUCCCAAGUGGCAGGACACCAACUAUGUGCUGGCCAAUUAUAAAACAGAGCCGUGCAAGCGUCCCCCUCGUCUCUGUCGUCAGGGCUAUGCCUGUCCACAGUAUCACAAUAGCAAGGAUAAGCGUCGCUCGCCCAGAAAGUACAAAUACCGUUCUACACCAUGCCCCAAUGUGAAGCACGGCGAGGAGUGGGGCGAGCCGGGCAACUGUGAGGCCGGAGAUAAUUGCCAGUAUUGUCAUACGCGCACCGAGCAACAGUUCCAUCCGGAAAUAUACAAGUCCACCAAAUGCAAUGAUGUACAACAGGCUGGCUAUUGUCCACGGAGCGUCUUCUGCGCCUUUGCGCAUGUUGAACAUUAUGUGGUCAACGAGCAGAAGCUUCGUGAAAAUGAAAUUACUUUAAAUGAACUCAUUUCCAAUGGCAUGUCCGGUUUGAAGGUGCAGGAUGAGAUCGGUAAUGGCAAGCUGCCCACAGGACUCCUGCAGCUGAGCAAUAAUUUAUUAAAUAUUGAUGGUAAUAAUACAACCAACAAAAUGUUGGUCGAUGCUUUGGAAAAUACAACCAAUUCCAGUAAAAUCUUAAAUAUCUCGUUACCACUGGACAGCCAUUCAGCCUGUACAUUGGACGAUCCACGCGAAAACUCUCUGUCGGCAAGCCUGGUUAACAAUAGUUUAUUAACACGUUCCUCGGCGCCAAUUAACAUUCCUAAUACGACACUAAGUAACUCCAUUAACGACUUCAAUUCAGGUGGCUUUGCCGUCAACAUUCCCAGCAGCUCGCUCACCUAUAGCCCGACAAAUCAUGCCAGUCUAUUCAAUGUGUAUGGCGGUUCCAACAAGCUAAGCAAUUCUCUGUCGGCCGCCACACAGAAUGAUAGCAAUAACAUCUUCUUUCCAUCGCGCAUCAUUUCGCCUGGUUUUGGCGAGGGUCUAUCCAUAAGCCCAUCAGUUAGAAUAUCGGAAUUGAACACCAUACGUGAUGACAUCAAUAGUAGCUCGGUGGGCAGCAAUAUGUUUGAGAACACACUGAAUACGGCUAAGAAUGCGUUUAGCUUACAAUCGCUGCAAUCGCAAAAUAAUUCGGAUUUGAGUCGCAUGACUAACGAGUACAACAAAAAUGCCCAGAUCCAGAAGAUGUCCAUACGUCUUGAGGAGCUAUUGUGCAAACUAAAGAUAUCUGAAUUGCAUCUGGAGAGAGCCAAACAUGAGGUUUUGGAGUGGAAGGAGCGUCACGAUCUAGUGCAGAUCCAACUCAAGUUGCCCGGCGAGUUGCGUGACUUGUCCAUACAAAAACUAAAACAAUUACAGUCGAAACUGCGCACCGAUUUGGAGGAGGUAGACAAAGUAUUAUAUUUAGAGAAUGCCAAGAAGUGCAUGAAAUGUGAGGAGAACAAUCGCACCGUUACUUUGGAGCCCUGCAAUCACCUGUCCAUUUGCAAUACGUGCGCUGGCUCCGUUACUGAGUGCCCCUAUUGUCAGGUGCCGGUAAUAACAACACACACAUAGGAUCUGUUUAAGCCGCUCCAGGACCUUGGCUUGAAACCAUGGGCCUGAUCGGUUUUGAAACUACAACUUUAAUCGUAAGCACAAUGUUGAUUGACUAGCCGAUAUGCAACGAUCGCAUAUGGAAUAGAAUAGCGCAUACAUAUAUACACAUAUAUAAUUUAUAUUUAUAUCUAUAUGCGAAUAAUAAUCUUGGAUAUUAGCAAUUACUAGGCACAAAAUAUGUAAUUCGUUAAGCAAGCUGCUAUGCAUUUUACUUUUACUAUUCGUCUUAUUUACACUACAGGAAAAUUGAACCAAUUUCAUUUUUAUUUUUAAUUUUGUUUUCAACUGCUCUUGAAUUAUGUGUUAAUUUUAGGUAAUAUUCUUUUUUGUUUAUACACAUGCACAAACACAUACAAGUAUAUGUAACUUUUGCACAGUUUGAACAUGUCCAUGACAUUUUAUUUUGUACGCAACGCAUUUGCAAUA